AUGAGCGAGCCUGCCACGCCGCGGCGUCGGUCGUUGCGACUGCGUCGACAAGACAGUGAUGCAACGACGUCCCAGACGAGUCCGGCUACAUCAUCAGACACAGCGGCCAAGCGACGUACUUCCCUGUCCUUGGAGACAUCGACCCCCAAAAAGCCUAAGACAACGGCGGCCCAUACCCCUUCCACCUCUGCGCCGUCCAAGCAAGAAGCAUCACGAAUUGCCCAUUCCCUUCCGCCCCUUACACUCCCUGACCGCCCCUACUCUGUCCAUGCCCUGCCUGUAUCGGUGCUAGAAAAAAUGUCGCCGCAUGAACGAGCGCGACGCUUGCUUCACGUUGGCGCGACGCCCGAAUCUCUGCCCUGUCGACAAGAGCAGUUUCAUGCCGUUUUGGAGUGCAUGAUCGAUGCACUGCGAUCUGGCGUCGGUGCAUGUGCAUAUAUCUGUGGUGUCCCAGGCACAGGCAAAACGGCCACAGUGCGCGAAGCGAUUCGCUCUUUGCAGUCCCAGCGUGAGGCAGGGCAAGUCCCGUCCUUCACGUUCGUCGAGAUCAAUGGCAUGAAAUUGGCCUCGCCUAUGCAGGCCUAUACAGAGCUAUGGUGUGCUAUGGCCGGCGGCGGGAAACGUCUGCAUCCACGCGCCGCUUUGCAGCGUUUGUCGACGUACUUUAACGCAGGCACCGGCGCGAAACAUACGCCGACAAUUGUGUUGAUGGAUGAAUUGGACCUGUUUGUGACGUCGCGGCAGGAUGUCAUUUACAAUAUGUUUCACUGGCCCGAUUUGCCAGGAAGCAAUUUGAUCGUGAUGGCCGUCGCGAAUACGAUGGACUUGCCAGAACGGACAUUGCAGCCGAAGGUGGCCAGUCGGCUUGGUAUGACACGUAUUCCCUUUAUGCCGUACACGGACAAGCAGCUCCUGGACAUUGUACGUGCUCGACUCGAUGUGGGCGAGCACGGCGAGCGGUGCAGUGAGGCGUUGGCUACGCGUGGAUGCGAGGCAGUGUUCAAGCUGGAUGCGCUGAUUUUUGCGUCGAAGCGUGUCGCCAAUGUGUCGGGUGAUGCGCGCCGUAUGCUGGAUGUGUGCCGACGUGCUGUCGAGAUGGCGGAAGAGCGUGCCAUCGCUCAGCAUACGGAGCCCAGCCCACUGGGCAUUCUCGACAUUCGCGAGGUCAUGGACCGCAUGGCACGUUCCGGGCGGGCAGCGCAUGUGGCGUCUUUGUCCUUGCAUGCGAAGCUGCUUCUCGCUAGCAUGUUUGCCUGUGUUCGUCGUUCUGGCGUGACGGAGGUUGUAUGGAGUGAAGUGCUGACGCACCACGCUGCGUUGUGUCGCACACACACGGUGGCACGAUGCGGUAUGACUGAACCCAACUACAGCGAUGAUGAAAUGCUGCGCCCUUUAGCUUCACUCUGUGCGUUGGGUCUCGUGAUUGCGGUGGGAAGUGGCGCAGGCAAUGCGCGCGGUGGCGCCCAUGCGCGUUUCCUCCUGGCGAUCCAGGAAGACGAUGUACAUGCAGCGCUAGGCAGUGAUGAUGAGAAUGCGCCAUGGCAGUCGCUCUUUACCACACUACGGAAAUGA